GAAAUCAAAUAUUGAUACACCUUAUAUAGUGGACUCUUAGAGCAAAAAUGGACGCCAACAAAAUCGUCCAAUUUCACAACUGUCGGAUCCUAAGAAACCACCGUCUUAUUUGGGACGACCUCUGGGUCAGGAAUGGCAUCAUACAAAAUCCAAGACUUCUGUUUUUCGAAGAGAAAAAAGGCUCCGAUAUUAAAAUUGACUGUAAAGGAAAAAUUUUAUCGCCUGGUUUUAUAGACCUUCAAAUUAACGGCGGUUUUGAAAUCGAUUUUUCAUCGAACGUUGAAAAUGUGGAAUUUGGAGUUCAAAAGGUCGCAAAGGGGUUGUUACAGUAUGGCGUCACGUCUUUUUGCCCGACGAUUGUCACUUCACCUUCGCAUAUUUACAAAGCAAUUUUGGCGAAAAUUCAGCCGAAAAAAGGGUCAAAAAACGGAGCCGCUAUUUUGGGCGUACAUUUAGAAGGACCUUUUAUAUGCCAUGAGAAAAAAGGCGCGCACCCGGAAAAAUUUAUCCGAAAAUUAACUGGUUGCGAUUCUGUGCUUGAAGUGUAUGGUGAUCUAACUAAUGUAAAAAUCGUUACAUUAGCGCCAGAGCUCGACAAUGCCUGUGAGGUGAUCAAAAUGCUCUCGGAAAAAGGAGCGAUACAACAGCAGUAUUGGAGAAACUACACUCAUGGUUUUGGUUACAUCUAUUCAGUCAAUGCUAUUACUUGGUUCAUUGGCUGGAGCAAUGUCUGCACAUUUAGCAGUCACAAAUUUUAGUCGACGAGGAAGUAUGGUUUUCACCCAUAUUACAAACAUAAUAUCAUGCAUUCUUAUGGGACCUGUGGCAGUUUACUUCAAAACGUACGAAAGCCUCAUUGCAGGGCGUUUUUUAUGCGGUUUUGCUCGAGGAAUUGGCUUCACAGCCGCACCGUUGCUCAUUUCUGAAACUACAGUACAUCGCUACUUAGGAAAACAUUUAAGUAUAUCCGGACUAGUGGUACCACUAGGAUAUGCACUGGGAAACGGUAUAGGUCACCCUCUUGUACUGGGUGGGGAAAAUACAUGGCCAUUUUUGGUAUGUGUGCCUAUACUCUUCUCAAUGGUGUAUUUACUAAGCGCGCAUUGGCUCCCCCAAACUCCUGGCUGGCUGAUCAAAAACGGGUUUCGAAGAAAAAUCAUUAAGACUUCUAAAAAAGCUAAGAAAGUCUACACUAGCGAACAUGAAAGCAGAAUUCAAUAAUUUAUCAAAAGAAAUCGAACUAGACACCACUUUAACGGAAGCCUCUUUCUGGGAAAUGGUGAAGAUACCGAAAUAUCGGCAGCAGUUAAUAUGUACAGUUUUGGUUAUGGGGAGUCUACAGACCACUGGAAUUUCUGCUGUUGCUUUGUACUCAAAUAGGAUAUUCCACACAGCAGGAGUGCAAGGGAACAACGCUACAUAUGCUUCUAUAGGUAUGCACUUGAUCACAUUUUGCGUGACUUUAUUUUUUGCUCAAAUCCUGCGAAAAAUCGGGACCAAAAAACUCCUAAUUUUCGGCCUAGCAAUCGGUGCGUGCUCUCUUGUUUUCCUGGUCAUUUUCAUAGCGCUACAAGGCCACAGCGCUGUUCUACCGUACUGUAGCGUAACUGCAUUAAUAAUCUACACAACUGCUGUUAUGGGCGGACCUGGAAUUGCUUUUGUGGCCCUACCGUCGCAGUUAACUACACAAACCACAAGACCAACCGCAUUGUACGCGUCUGCUGCCACGUAUUGGUUGACGGGGACUAUUGUUUCGUUCGUGUUUCCCUUCUCUAGCGCCGCUUUCGGCGAGUAUGCGUUCUUACCCUUUGUUGGGGUAACAGUUUUACAGAUCAUGUUUGCAUGUCAAAAAGUUCCGAGUACUCGGCGAAAAUCGGUCAUUGAAAUUCAGGACCGUUUUAACCGAAGAUCUUCAAAAUGCCGAGGCUCGAAGGACUCGGGUAUUGUGGUUAGGUCUUUAAUGCGGGAAGACUCGAAUCCCAUUGAGCCAUAAAACAUAAUAACCUUAUAUGCCUAAAGUAUAAGCUAAAAUGGUCCUAUAUAAAAAAAAAAUGAAAAACUGGAGUGGUCUUAUAUUGGGCAUAAUAUAACAUAUAAUACUGUGGGGUAAGAUGGAUACCAUUAUUACCUAAAUCCCGUAUUUUCUAAUCGUGUUUUUAACAAUUAACCACGUUAUUUUAGAGUCGUGAGGAUAUGGUUAUAUAAUUCUUCUAAUAUUUUUUAUUUACUACAAUUUGGUCGCUGCAUUUUUAGUACAUGUAUUUUUUACAGCUUUAAAAAAGGAAAUACUUUCGGUAUAAUUUUAAGUAUGUAAUCGUUUUUUCAUUGUAUGUGUUUUGAUUUCAGUAUUAGAUUCGUAUUUAUAUGAAAUACCCUUUAACUGUUAAUUUUAAUACUUCUACGUAGUACUGUAUACUCGUAAUUUUUAAAGUGUCUUUUUAUGCAAUUUUAAAAGGCAUAUUAUAGUACUGUGGGGAAGAUGGGACACCUUUAGCACAUAAUAUUCAAAUACCCUGAUCGUGUUUUAAACAAUUAACAACGGUCCAUGGGAGUCGUGAGAAUGCGGUUUUAUAAUUCUUUGAAUGUUCUUUGUUUACUACGAAAUGGGACGAUGAAAUGGAAUAAAAAAGUGUCCCAUUUUCUCCCACUUAUAAUUCAGUAUUAGAUUAAUAUUUAGUACAAAAUAUCAAAUUUUAACUUUUAAUUUUAAUACUUUUAUGUGGUACUGUAUACUUGUGAUUGUUAAAAUGACUUUUUUAUGCAAUUUUUAAAAGCAUAUUAUAAUUCUAAUUUGAAAUCGUUUUUUUAGCGUCGAAAGUACAACAGAAUACAGACUAAUUUUAAAA